AUGGCUACCGCUAGAGAUAGCCCCGCGUCAGUCUUCCCCGGUCGAGCUCUGGGAUUCCUAACACUUGGGGCGUCUCUGCACCAUGUCCUCACCCGGCUCAAGUCUCUCCCCGAGAUGUACACAGCCCUGGAGCUGAUCUAUGACUCCUCCCAGCCACUACAUCAACCGGUCAUAAUACGCCUUCCAGAGAAUGGUCUACGGCUACGAUUUGAUGGACCUGACCAAAGACUACGUUUGAUUGAAGUCUUAGAUUUUAGCAAAAAUGCACUUGUCUACAAGACUCAAGAAAUAGCAAAAGCAUCAAAGUCACCCUCCGACCCGCCUGCCUCUGGCCCUGGCUUUCGUCACAUAUAUAACAGAUUAUUUGGGCCGACGUAUCCUGGCGAAUAUAUCCCUCCAGCAGCCGGGGAAACCCAUGGCAUUUAUGUGUUAUCCUACCCGGGCGUCGCAUUCUCCUUCACACUACUGCACAGCGCAUGGUCAGAAAAGCGAGAUUUUGUAUCGCUCAUGUCCUCUUCGGCUGCUUCCUUUGCAGUUUCGAUGGCGAUAUUUCAAGGAUCCUCCUGGUCCGAUGCCCAGAGCCAGUUGUACACACGUCAACCGCAGUAUCCGCGAUCAAGUGCUCUGAUGGGGAAGAACAAGGAAUCGGUUGCCGACGAAGUCGAACUUGUUAAGGUCCAUGAGGGCGGGCAUAUUGAACUUAUGCGACGAUCAAGCAACCCUUUUUCUAUUAUCCUUGGUGAAACAACUCCUCAGGAUCUUAUUACCGAACUUGGGCCUCCAGAUGCAAUCUAUCGAAAGAGUGACAGUCGAAUUCUAAUCCACGGUGAAGGGGAGAAGAACCCGCACGGGGCGUCAAAUGGGGGCGGUAACCUACCCACCCCGCCAACUGACCCAUCGGACCCAGAUCCGCACUUUGAAAGUGCCUUGACGGAUGAGUCCGAAGAAGAUUCGGCGCCAACAGCACACCAAGAAUCGGGCCCGUUGUCUAGCGAUUGCUUUUAUAAUUACUUCAGCCAUGGUUUCGAUAUCCUAGUAGCCCCGUCUUCUUCAUCAGACCGCCGCUCACCGGGUUCCCCCACGAGGGAGCCAUCUGCUACUGGAGGCACAUCAGAACUUACUGCCACAAAGAUAUUACUACAUGGCAAUGUACCAGGUUCAUAUCCCUUCAACCGGCACAGGCGCUGCCGCUGGGUGUUAGAAGUUGGUUCUAGUCAGGCAUCUAUCACGUCAGAAACAGCAUACGAAGAAAUAUCUCCGAAAUUAAAGGAACGAUGGCGAGGCAGCUACUCUAGCCCUACGGAAGAGGCAUCAUUCCAAAGAGGGAUGGUAUUAAAUCGUGGUUGGGGCGAGACCCCCGGAAGCAGCAUCGAGCUUCUAGGCAGCUGGGAAGAGAACUCCACCGCUAGGAAUAAGCCAAGUGCCGGUUCUGGAAUGACCAACUCUUUGGGCAAUACCGAACUAUACGGCUUUCCGGGCUUGCUUUUCGAGGUCCUCAAGAAUGGCUCUGUCAAUUGUUUGACUGUGUAUUAA